UCGCAACGCUCAUCGGUACGCGUUGUUGCGUUGUGCGUUUGCCAAUACAUGAGCAAGUCGUCCAUCGAAUUGGAAUGGAGGAAUUUGUUUCAUCAUCCAGUCGAAGAUGACAAACCAGCGCCCAAGGCAGCACACGCCCUGUCGACCAACGCAAUGUCUGUCGCCACGACUGCCACGUCAAAGCCUCCACCAAAGUCCAAACCAAACCUGGUCCCCGGGAAGCCAGCGGCAAAAGAAGCUGCGUGCUUCAUGACCGAGGAGCAGCUUCUACGGCUCAUCGAUGCCAUCUCGCACGUGAAAGCCGGCGGACAGGGUGUCCAAGCCAAGGUCGACAAGCGCGCGGCCAUGCCAGGGGACGCCCGCAAGUCACCGUCGUGCAACACAAAACCAGCGGUGGCACCGCCACCACUCAAACCAAAGGCGACAUUUAUUCGAGACGCGAUACCACUUGCCCUGCAAGCAAUGACCGAAACCAUGCAGAUGGCACUGCAGCGCGGAGGAGAUGGUGAUCACAGCGGCAUCUGGAUGACGUCGCGUGAACUCGAGACUGUCGUCGACGCGUUCUUGACAACCUCGUCCGACUUCCACGGUGCCGCCGAGCCCUCCUUGGUGGGCGUUCCCUCUCCAGACUUGAGCGAACAGCUCACGACAAGCACCGCAACGUGCCAUUUGUGCUUAUCAAGUACCUCGGAACAUUGGUGUUGCGAAUGCUCCACUGCACUGUGUCCGCAAUGCCUUCAGGACGUUUGCUGCAACCAACUGCGACACCACGUCGAAGUGUACGUGCCGACGCUCUCUGCCUCGACGAAUCUUGGCGUCCAGCGUCGUGGCGAAAAGCAGCUAAAGCUAGCCGAGAAGCAAGCCGACCUGAAAUUCGUACCUCUGGUCGUCGGAUCCGCGCUGCUGGAUCAGCUUCGGACGACUCGCUUGGCCGGUUGUGACGGGAAGGCUUUGAAGCAGUUUUGCAUGUUGCUGAAAAAGCAAAUUGAAAUGCAACCAAUGUCCAAGUUUGAAUUCCUUGAUCGCUCAUGCAUUACAGCAUGGAGCCCGGAAGAAGUGCGGGGUUUUCUUGAUGUGCUGCGCAUCCCGUCGGAUGCGUUUGCCGACCGGAAUGUGGCUGGCGACCAAUUCCUGCGGCUAUCUGUGCCCGCUCUGCAUGACACGUAUGGCAUCACUGGCAGCUUCCCUCUCCAUCGGUGCCUCUUUUACCGGUCGUUGCUAUCGUUUAUGGAUCAAUGGGUUCGGUCCCAGCCUCCAGCAAAAGCAAAACCCCCAGCUCGAGCUCAAGCCGCGCCAACUGUCCCUGCAAAGCCGUGGGUAAAGCGCAAGAAGAAAGCCAACAGGUUUGUUUGGGGCGAUCCUGUCGAGCCACGGUCUGCCAACCAUGGGCGGCAAGCACCUUCUCAAACGACAAACGCCGUCGCCACAAAGAAUGCAUUGCCUCGUGCUUUCAAUGCAAGCACCGACCAACUGAACGAGCCGGCCAGUACCAUACCCCGAGGAAAACAACGCACACGCCCACCCACCGUGCCAGCUGCACUAUCGCCGGUGACAAAAGUUCAUUCGAGCACAGAUGAAGAUUUCGUUCAGCAAUUACAAAACGAGAUGAACGAUGUGCAUAUUCCCACCACAGCCUCACCACGACCAUCGACAUCGAUGCCUCGCCAGGAGGCGGUAUCUCGCACAACAAUACCCCGCAGCUCGCUUGGACAGCUUCAGCAAACGAUGUCCGACCUCGUCCAACGACUUGAAGUCGCGCAGUCCUUACCAACGUCAGACGAUGCCAUUUUGACUCGCAUUGCCGCGGCCAAUGCCCUUGUCCACAAGGUGCUCCACAUGACUCCGCACGAGUUGAGCGCGGAAUGCCCCGUCGAUGUCCUCCGACCCAUUGUCCUGGAAAUCGAAGACAGAAUGAACCGACCACAGAAAGCAUCGGUGCCGCACAAGCGUGAGAGGCACACGAACGCCCCAGUCCAACUGCGUGAAGCAAAGCACUUGAACAAGUGGACGUUUGACAUGCCUGAGCCUGUCGUGCCAGCGACAACUGUGGCGGCCCCGGGGCCGUCGGACUACAACACGGACAACGUUCGAGCGUUUCCCAUGCAAAAGCCGAGCAAACAGAAACAACCCACGAAACCCAUGACAAGCGCGAGAAGAGUGCAAUCGAUGUUGUCGAAUCUUGGAUUUCAUCCUGCGACAACUUCGACGACCGCAGCUUCCACUCGAGUAAGCACCAGAAUGACCCGUCCAACAAGGGUGGAAGGCGACGACGAUGACGUGCUGGAUUCGCCGCCGCCAUUUGACGUCGCAGAGUUCGUGGCGGAAGAAGUCCAAUCUCGCCCUUCCGCCUUUCACACCAACACACCGGCGUCGCGUCUGUACUCGACAUCGUUCCUGGACGAUCCAGCACUCAAACCACUGCACACCAGCACAACGUCGGCCUGGCAAACCAUGCGAAAGAAAUACACCCCCGUGGAGGUGCAGACAGCGUCGGAUUUUUGCAAUCCUGCACGCGAAAAUGCCACGGGAAUGCGCAUCGAAACGCCGUUGAAAAAGACGAAACCAGCGAGCUCAGAUAAACCAAAAAAGCCCAAAGACAGUCACGACCACUCGGUGCAGGAACGACCAGACCAUGUCGUCGCUGAUGUGGAGAACGCGACGAAAGCACAAGCCGAUACCACGCCCCAUCCUUCAGCAACUGUCGCAGCAGGGAACGCUGUGCAAUGGGCCAAGAGAAUUCAUGCAUCGUACACGCCGCUAGUGCGCACCGAGUCGCGAUAGGGUCCGAAUCUGUAACGAAAUCCCAUUUACUGCUUGAACCAAACACUGGGCGGCUCUGCCCAUGGAGGGAACGGUAUGUGGACUUUGCACAGCGUCCUUAAACGAGCACGGCUUCCCGUCGCAACAGCAUCAUGGAGCCCAGGGUUUCAGCGUAUCGUUCAAAAUGGUCUUGAAUCUGCCGUUGGUGGCCGCGAUCGCGCAAGCUAGCGCAGUACGACGUGACGAGUUGGUUGGUUGUCGAGUCAAAGUAGCCGACUUCAACCAUCGAGUCGGUGCAUGUGUCGAGUGCGACAGGGUAGUCCAGCCACCGUGCCACCGCCGUUUCCGUAAGACGCAAUGGCAUUUCCGUUGAGACAGCCGUGACGAUUUCGCUUGCCAAUG